GCAACCUGUGCCAGUGCUUGGUCACCCUCACAGUAAAAAUGUGUUUCCUGAUCUUCAGCAGGAACAUCCUGUGUUUCGGUGUGUGCCCAUUGCCUCGGCUCCUGUCCCUGGGCACCACUGAAAAGAACCUGGCUCUGUCGUCUUUACAGCCUCACUUCAGGAGUCCCUGAUCUCAGGAAUUAGUCUGUUCCAAAGUCUUAAGAGGUAUUUCUCGAUGACAUCUGAAUUAACAACUCCUGCCUUAAAGAAAGCAUGCUCAACAAUGCUUACUUUCACUCCAAAAUGCUGCAUCUCUAUCCUAGAAGAAAAAAACCCAAUAGCCAUCUCUGACCACCCAGUAAUGGCAUAAAUAUUAAACAUAAGCAAGAUUUCCAGAGAGAAAACGAGAGGGGCAAACAUACAGUCACCGUUCCUCAGCACAUCUGGAAUCUGUCACACAUGUGUUUGUAGCUACUCACCGUAAGGUGUCAGAGAAAGCUUCCAUGCCCCAUUUGGACAGGCUGUAGCCACCUCCUACAAAAGCCAUGAGGCCUUUGGCGUUAACUAGAUUGACUACUCUUCCCUCAGCUUUUUUCAGAAGUGGCAGAAGCUUGAGUGUGAUUUCAAUCAAUCCCAGCAGACUAACAUCCAGCACUGAGUGGAAGUCUUCAAUCCUCAGCCAGUCAGUGGGUGCUACAGGUGCUAUUCCUUCAGCAUUGCUCACCAAGCCAAAAAGCCCUAAGAGGAUUACAAAACCAUUUAUUUCAGUAUGUGGCAAUGGCAAUAUCUUAGUCUAGAGUUUCAUGUGUAGCAUUGGGAACCAAGCACACAGUCUGCAAAAACUUCAGUGAGAUGACCACAGUUGUCUGGGGUUUGCUUGUAAGAUCUACUCUGUACACCUGGCAAAUUUUGCUGAAGGCCUUAGGCAAUGACUCUAAAAGAGCAUGGGUAAACUAUUAAAGGAAAACUAUUUUGAUUGGAGAUACGGGCCGCCAUACUGGGCUUUAUUAUCCAGAUCUGCUCAAGCAUGUAGUCUCCUAAUACGGACUUACAUUCCUGUGAAAAUCAAGUAGUCCACGUAAAAGUGGAGAGACUGAUUUUUCUGGUUUGGGAUCUAAAGGUCUAAACCAGAUGUACAGAAUUAGUCAAUGCUUCUAAAAAUAUUAGCUUAACCCUGUGUGUUGAUAAUACUGCUUUACUACCUUAUAAAUUACUUGAGGACCUUUAGAUAAAUAGUGACGCUUCCAAGAGUUUGCUGAGGACAACCUGUGCCUGAAGGGAGAGGCUGAAAGUCCAGUGCUCAUAAAGAGUUUCUCAGACAGAGGUGACAGCAUUAGCAGUGGCUACCCCGACCGAGAACGCGUGGCCUUCCACCAGCUGGAAGCAGGGGCCUGCCGGAGGAGUGUUUGAAGAGGAGAAAAAGUACUUACUGGCUGCCAGACUUGGGUGGGAUCAACAGGAUAAGCGAGUACAUGUCCUGCUUCUGGUACUUUCCAAGAGCAGAUGGUGAAAGGCUCAUUAUAGAAACAAGGAUCAGAGGACAGGAAGAAAAAGCAUUAUGCAGGAGCAGACGUGUACUACAAAAUUGAGAUCUGCCUUACACUUCUGGCACUCUGAGGUGCUAUCACUAGUUAACUGAUGAAACUUCCUGAACUGAAAGGUACCUGUAUUUUUCCUUCAGAACAAUUUAAGGACUUCUGAUUUAAGUAACUAAUCAUUAUGUCUGACCCUGUUGUUCUGCGUAGCAUCAAGAGAUUGGGAGAGGAUAACCAUGCUUUUGACUUGGAUGGCAAAUGUAACAGCUUCAAGAACUCAGAGAAUUUCUAUACAUAUGAAGAACCUUUUAUAGAGAAGAAAAGUGAAAAGUCAUCAGAAAAGAAAGAAAACAGUAUUCGUGUUGGCUUCUUUCAGCUGUUUCGAUUUUCUUCAUCUGUGGAAAUUUUAAUGAUGGCUGUUGGUAGUUUCUGUGCUAUUGUUCAUGGAGCAGCCCAGCCAGCUGUGUUGCUUGUGUUUGGCGCAAUGGCAGACACAUUUAUUGAAUAUGAUAUUGAAAUGCAAGAGCUUAAAGACCCAGGCAAGACAUGUGUAAAUAACACCAUAAUGUGGAUUAAUGGUACUGUUCAUCAGAAUGAAAAGAAUGCCACAAUAAGAUGUGGGCUGCUGGACAUUGAACAAGAAAUGACCAAGUUUGCAGGGUACUAUGCAGGAAUUGGUUGUGCUGUACUUUUGUUAGGAUAUCUCCAAAUCUGCUUUUGGGUUAUGGCUGCAGCUCGUCAGAUACAAAAAAUCAGGAAAGCUUAUUUCAGGAAAGUAAUGCGCAUGGAUAUAGGCUGGUUUGACUGUACAUCUGUAGGAGAACUGAACACCCGAAUUUCUGAUGAUGUUAACAAAAUUAAUGAGGCUAUUGCUGACCAAGUAGCAAUCUUUAUUCAGCGCUUAACUACCUUUGUGUGUGGAUUCCUACUGGGAUUUGUCAGUGGCUGGAAAUUGACCUUGGUUAUCAUUGCAGUCAGCCCCCUACUUGGAGUUGGAGCAGCUGUAUAUGGCUUGGCUGUGGCAAAACUAACAGGCCGAGAACUAAAGGCUUAUGCAAAGGCUGGAGCUGUGGCUGAUGAAGUGCUCUCAUCCAUCAGAACAGUGGCUGCUUUUGGUGGGGAGAAGAAAGAAGUUGAAAGAUAUGAUAAGAAUCUGGUGUUUGCUCAGCACUGGGGAAUUCGAAAAGGAAUAAUAAUGGGAUUAUUCACUGGUUACAUGUGGCUUAUAAUUUUCCUGUGUUAUGCAUUAGCCUUUUGGUAUGGCUCUAAACUUGUCCUUGAAGAAGAAGAGUAUUCACCUGGCACUCUUCUGCAGGUUUUCUUUGGCGUUUUAGUAGGAGCUUUAAAUCUUGGCCAGGCAUCUCCCUGUCUGGAAGCCUUUGCCACUGGCCGUGGGGCUGCAGCAAAUAUUUUUGAUACAAUAGAUAAAAAACCCACCAUUGACUGCAUGUCAGAAGAUGGCUACAAGCUGGAUAAAGUACGAGGUGAAAUCGAAUUUCAUAAUGUAACAUUCCAUUAUCCCUCCAGACCAGAUGUAAAGAUUUUGGAUAACCUUAAUAUGGUUAUUAAAGCAGGGGAGACAACAGCUUUUGUUGGAGCUAGUGGAGCUGGAAAAAGUACAACAAUACAGCUCAUCCAGCGUUUCUAUGACCCCACUGAUGGCAUGAUUACCCUGGAUGGCCAUGACAUUCGUUCCCUUAAUAUCCAGUGGCUACGCUCACAGAUUGGUAUUGUUGAACAAGAGCCAGUGCUAUUUGCUACCACGAUUGCAGAGAACAUUCGCUAUGGUCGGGAUGAGGCUACCAUGGAAGACAUAAUCAAAGCAGCCAAACAGGCCAAUGCUUACAAUUUCAUCAUGGACUUACCACAGCAAUUUGACACUCAUGUUGGAGAGGGUGGAAGCCAGAUGAGUGGAGGUCAAAAACAGAGGAUAGCUAUUGCUCGAGCUCUUGUGCGAAACCCAAAAAUCCUGCUACUGGAUAUGGCUACAUCAGCACUUGAUAAUGAAAGUGAAGCUACUGUCCAAGAAGCACUUCAUAAGGCUCGUCUUGGCCGCACAGCAAUCUCCAUAGCUCACCGCCUGUCAGCCAUCAAAGCUGCCGAUGUCAUUGUUGGGUUUGAACAUGGAAGGGCUGUGGAGAGAGGAACUCAUGAGGAACUCUUGAAGAGGAAAGGGGUUUAUUUCAUGUUGGUGACCUUGCAAAGCAAAGGAGACACAACACUUAACAGAGAAGCAAUGGAAACAGCAGAAAAUAGCGUGAUUGAGCCAAAUCUUGAGAAAGUCCAGUCAUUUAGCAGAGGAAGCUAUCGGGCCAGUUUGCGAGCUUCACUUCGGCAGCGCUCCAGAUCUCAGCUCUCUAAUGUGGUCCCUGACCCUCCGUUAUCUAUUGCAAGAGAUCAUGCAGAGUCUAUGUGUGUUAUGCCUUAUGGAGAAGAUGAUGGCCAAGCAAAACAGGAAUCUGUUGUGGAGGAAGAUGUCAAGCCUGUACCAUUUACCAGAAUUUUGAAAUACAAUGCCUCUGAAUGGCCAUACAUGGUGCUUGGAUCUCUGGCAGCAGCUGUGAAUGGAGCAGUCAAUCCACUCUACGCUUUGUUAUUCAGUCAAAUUCUUGGGACCUUCUCCAUUCUUGAUGAAGAAGUACGAAGAAUCCAGAUUAAUGGUGUGUGCCUGCUCUUUGUCUUUGUUGGAAUUCUUUCAUUUUUCACACAGUUUCUACAGGGAUACACCUUUGCCAAGUCUGGUGAGCUGCUUACAAGACGAUUAAGGAAAAUUGGUUUCCAGGCUAUGCUAGGGCAAGACAUUGGUUGGUUUGAUGACCGGAAGAACAGCCCUGGUGCUUUGACUACAAGACUUGCAACAGAUGCCUCACAGGUCCAAGGGGCAACUGGAUCGCAGAUAGGAAUGAUUGUCAAUUCCUUUACCAACAUUGGGGUGGCCAUGAUCAUUGCUUUCUACUUCAGCUGGAAACUGAGUUUAGUUAUACUGUGUUUCCUGCCUUUUUUGGCCUUAUCUGGAGCUGUGCAGGCUAAAAUGCUGACAGGAUUUGCCUCUCAGGACAAGAAAGCGCUGGAAGCUACUGGACGGAUUUCCAGUGAAGCCCUUGCCAACAUCAGGACUGUAGCUGGGAUAGGCAAAGAGAAAAUGUUUAUUGACAAUUUUGAAAAGCACCUGGAUAUGCCCUACAAAGCUGCAACCAAAAAAGCUCAUGUUUACGGUUUCUGCUUUGGCUUUGCCCAGAGCAUCGUGUUCAUUGCCAACGCUGUCUCUUACAGAUAUGGAGGGUUUCUAGUUGACACUGAAGGGCUCCAUUACAGCUUCGUGUUCAGGGUCAUCUCUGCUAUUGUGACCAGUGGAACUGCUUUGGGAAGAGCUUCUUCCUAUACCCCAAACUAUGCCAAAGCCAAAACAUCUGCCGCACGCUUUUUUCAACUGGUUGAUCGGCUUCCUCAAAUCAGUGUUUACAGUGAAAAAGGGGAAAAAUGGGAUAAUUUCAAGGGAAGCAUUGAAUUUCUUAACUGUAAAUUCACAUACCCUUCUCGGCCUGAUAUUCAGGUCCUGAAAGGACUCUCUGUAGCUGUUAAGCCUGGACAGACUUUGGCAUUUGUUGGAAGUAGCGGCUGUGGUAAAAGCACCAGUGUCCAGCUUCUGGAGCGUUUCUAUGACCCUGAGAAAGGAAGUGUGUUAAUAGAUGGACACGACAGCAAAAAAGUAAAUGUACAGUUUCUUAGAUCAAAAAUUGGAAUAGUGUCCCAGGAACCUGUGCUAUUUGACUGCAGCAUUGCUGAUAACAUUAAAUAUGGCAGUAACACCAAAGACGCAACGAUGGAAAAAAUCAUCGAAGCAGCCCAGAAGGCUCAGCUGCAUGAUUUUGUCAUGUCACUGCCUGACAAAUAUGAAACUAAUGUUGGGGCUCAAGGAUCCCAGCUGUCUCGUGGGCAAAAACAACGCAUUGCUAUAGCAAGGGCCAUCAUACGAGAUCCUAAGAUUUUAUUACUGGAUGAAGCUACAUCUGCCUUAGACACAGAAAGUGAAAAGACUGUGCAAGCCGCGCUGGAUAAGGCCAGAGAAGGGCGUACCUGCAUUGUCAUUGCCCACCGCUUGUCCACGAUCCAGAACGCUGACAUCAUUGCUGUGAUGUCACAAGGACUCGUCAUUGAAAGGGGCACUCAUGAUGAACUGAUGGCCAUGGAAGGAGCUUAUUAUAAGCUUGUUACCACUGGAGCCCCAAUUAGCUGAAUUACUGUGAUUCUACAUUUGAAAGGGUUUUUUUUUUUUUUUUUCUGUAAGCAAAUACUCUGUGGUAGGUACGUGUAUGUUGGUACUCCACUGUGCUACAAAGUGCUCUACAAUAUUGCGAGUUCUGUGGUAGCCUAAAUGUAUGUAGCUUUCUGCACUGAGCGCACUUGUCAGGCAUGUGCAGGGGACUAAGCACAGGCUGAUGCAUUCAGGAAGUAGCUUAGCCUGCUAUGAAGGGAAAGCAAGUCUGAAAAAUGGGAAAGAUUGUUGCUGGUGAAUUGGGGUAUUGCCACCACCUGCAGUCAGACUGCACAGUCCUGUCCUUCCUCAACUAGCAAUCAAGGAAGCCUCCACGCUGGUGUUCUGGAAACUGCCACUUCUCUAGGCAAGCUGUGUGAAUGUAAAACAAUCCCAAGAAUGAUGCUGCAUAUCUGAAGGGAUCCAAUCUCUUGGUCUGCAGAGGAUCACAGCAGAUGCCCUUCCUGUGGGUACAGCAACCCCACCUUCCCACCCCUUCAUACCACCCAUGGCAGCUGGGUUGUUGGGGGAGGCCAGGCUUCCACUGCCUGCAGCUACAGCACCAGCGCAUCAGCACCCUGAGCCUGGCAGUGUGGGGCCCUUCAACAAAGCCAUGAAGUACAUACAAAGAAGGCAGCUCCACAAAAGUAAGGAAAGCAAUCGGGAAGAGGAACAGAAGCUGGUGAGGAGCACUUCCCCUACGCUCACCACUCUGAUCAAAGCUGCCAAAUAGAUGAUGAAUAGGAAUAAAUGCUUUAGUUAAAUCAAUGUAAAAUCCUACAGUUAAUCAUCACAGUUAUUUAAAUCACUUCUAUUGAGAUGGUGAUGGAUAGUAUGUUCUCUUUUUUUCAGAAGGCAAGACAAUGAUGAGUAUUUUAACAGGAAUCAUAAAUAUAUUCAGUAAAGGUGGAAAAAAAUAGCCAUAAUUAGCUCUUUGUUUGUAUUAAGCAGAGCUGAUAAAUAGAGCAACAAUUCAUUCAGAAAUGACAAAGGUCAGGAAGUAUCUUCUUCUGGCAGAAGCCUGUACCUGUAAUGGUUUAUUAUAAGGUCUACUGCACUGCCUCUGAAAUAAGUUGUUGGUUAUUGUCUGCAGGAAAACAGGACUCUUCCCUUUAGUGACUGGGAUCUUGGAGACAAAGCGGAUAGACAGAAAGUCUAAAUUACAGUUUCAAAAUUUAAAUCUUGAUUUCAGAUAUUAGAGUUUUAGCUGGAAAAGUCAUUCUCCAUGUCUAAAAAUCUACAGCUGAGGAUGGGAGCGUUUACCCACUAACAACUCAUGCCACAAUGGAGUUUCUUAUAAAAUUACGCAACAGUACCAAUUGCUGAAAUGCAAAUAACAAGAGUGGGAACUUUACUAGGUUAUGUGCCUUAAUUCCAGGUUGGGGGGGGGGGAACCCAAACCCCAACAAUUUCACCUUUAGUACUACUCCAUUAAUAGAGUGAUCUCAGCAGACCCUACUGAAAUCAUGUAGCUGACAGUGAAAUGCUAUUUUCCCAAGGAAGUCUGUAUUUUAAUCCUUAACUGAAAAUGGAAAAGGAAGCUGCAUCAGUGACCUUCUGUUUUAAUCUUUUUAGCCUUUUUAUGUUUCAGAACAGUAAUUAGUUUGGCUGGCUCAGGACUGAAACUAUUGCCAGAGUGACUAUCAAUACCCUAUUGCCAUAACUAUAUGAUAUUUAAUUUAUAUUCGUAUUUAAGGCCAUGGAAAAAUAACAACUCUAUUAAAACUGACAAUUACUAUGUGUACUUAUUCUAUAAUGCUUUUGCCUAAAGGACACCACUUUUGUGGUCCAAAUUAUACCAAUAAAUUGUAUUUUUUACUGGC